AUGGAUAGGAAGGCGAUGUCAAAGAUGCUGAAGAAGGAUCUUAUCAGGGAGCUCCAGAAGGAAAAAACACGGACUAGACUAAUGGAAAAUCUUAUCCACGCCAGAGUCCAUCGAGACGACCUGCGUAAGCAAGUGCAUGAGGAGAUGAGCAAAACCGAGGAGCUGCGUCAAAAGUUGGCUAUACAGGAUACGACCAUAAGGACCAGCGUCGACACAGAAAAACGCAAGCUAACGGAAAUACUGGAUAAGAUAUCAGAAUUAAACAAGUGCUCUAUUUGCCGUUGCAACUAUGGGAAUGAAGGCGUUCAUCGCAGAGCUUCUUUGAAAUGCGGUCACCUUUUCGGAGAGACGUGCAUCUACAAUCACUUGAGGACCAGCCAAAACUGCCCCAUUUGCAGUCUUCCAGCUACAUACAUACAUAUCCGUGUUAUUAUAGCUGACAAAUACCUGUGCACAGCCGAUUAUCUUUCUUCAUAA